AUGCGACCAUCAAAACCCACCCAUUCAAUGGCUCGCGCCUGCUUACUCUCCAUUGCUUUGCUGUCGCCACUUGUCGCAACGGUUUCCCUGGCAGAUUCUAUUCCAAGUCGCACAAUCGCGACCGAUCACCAUGAUAUCACCACCACUUUACGAUCGCGGACCGAAGAUCCUUUCCUACUUCGAAUUAUGCCAUUAGGGGCAUCCAUCACGAAUGGAUAUCGCUCAACACAGCAUAAUGGCUAUCGCGAUUAUAUUAGACAGCAGCUUCGCUAUGAGGGCUGGGAAGUUGAGAUGGUCGGGAGUUUAAGGAAUGGUACGAUGGUAGACAACUUCAACGAGGGACAUUUUGGCUUCAGAGUGGAUCAGUUAUCAAAAGAAGCCGUGAAAACUACCCCCCAACAGCCCAAUUUGAUCUUGAUCAACGCUGGAACCGACGACGCAUUGCAAAGAUACAAAAUUGGCACGGCCGGAUCGCGAAUGAAUACUCUUUUAGACUUGCUCUUUGAGAAGGUUCCCAAUACCACCAUCAUUCUCUCAACGCUACUGCCAAACAAAGAUCAGCCAUACUUGGUGGAGUUAAUCAGUGACCAGUAUCGCACCCUUGCUGCCCAGCGUCGCCACAAAGGCGACCGAGUCGUCUUGGCGGACAUGAGCACUUUCAUUCUUGUGGAUGAAUUGGCAGAUGCAACGCAUCCAGACGACGCCGGUUAUAAGAGAAUGGCUUCAGUAUGGUGGGCCGCCAUCGAGGACGCGUUGCAGGAGAAUAUGAUCCAGAAAUUCAGCUACACCAUAACAAGUAAAGUGGAAAAGUCGUUGGACAACAGCACCAGCAAUCCCAAUUUGCCGUCAUACACGGCUCCUGCACAACCCACCAAUACAAGUAAUGGAAAUUCUCGAUUUCACCAGGGGAUAUUGCUUGCCGUGGUGGCUCAGCUGAUGUUG